GAGUACCCAACGCUCACCACUUUCUUUGAAGGUGAAAUAAUCAGUAAGAAGCACCCUUUCUUAACAAGAAAGUGGGAUGCUGAUGAAGAUGUGGAUCGUAAACACUGGGGAAAGUUCCAAGCUUUUUACCAGUAUGCAAAAACAUUUAACUCAGAUGACUUUGAUUAUGAGGAUCUGAAAAACGGGGACUAUGUCUUCAUGAGAUGGAAGGAGCAGUUCCUAGUCCCAGAUCACACUAUCAAAGACAUCAGUGGUGCUUCCUUUGCUGGUUUCUAUUACAUCUGCUUCCAGAAGUCAGCAGCAUCUAUAGAGGGCUAUUACUACCAUAGGAGUUCAGAAUGGUAUCAGUCAUUGAAUUUAACUCACGUUCCUGAGCACAGCGCUCCUAUCUACGAAUUCCGAUGA